AUGGCACCAUCUUUAAGCCAAACCAUCACAGACCCUUCAGAUCUCACUGACUUUGUCAUUAACAAAGGCAAUGGGGUAAAGGGUCUUUCCCAAAUGGGACUCAAAAGCCUCCCAAAGCAAUAUAUCCAACCCGUUGCAGAAAGAAUGAGUAUGAAUAUAGCAAAAAUGUCUGAAGAAUCCAUUCCCAUCAUUGACAUGUCAAACUGGGAGGACCCGAAAGUGACGGAAUCAAUUUGCAAUGCGGCAGAGAAGUGGGGAUUCUUUCAAAUACUCAACCAUGGUGUCCCCAUUGAAGUUCUUGAGCAUGUCAAGGAAGCAACUCACAAGUUUUUUGAGUUGCCAGCUGAGGAGAAGUGUAAGUUCUCGAAAGAGUAUUCGCCUUCAAACAAUGUCCGGUUUGGUACAAGCUUUAGUCCUGAAGCAGAGAAGGCACUAGAAUGGAAAGACUGGCUUAGUCUCUUCUAUGUUUCUGAGGAUGAAGCCUCUGCACACUGGCCUCCAGCUUGCAAGGCUGAAGUGCUCGAGUACAUGAAGAGGACAGACAUACUCAUAAAACGACUCCUAGAUAUACUGAUGAAAAGACUCAAUGUGACAGAAAUAGACAAAACAAACGAAGCACUUCUAAUGGGAUCCAAGAGAAUUAACCUCAACUAUUACCCCGUUUGUCCAAACCCUGAGCUCACCGUCGGAGUUGGGCGUCACUCUGAUGUGUCCACACUCACAGUCCUCCUUCAAGACUACAUCGGAGGGCUCUACGUCCGAGCUGGGACUACUACUGAUGAAGAUAGCUGGGUGCAUGUUCCUCCAUUGGAAGGGUCAUUAGUGAUCAACAUUGGUGAUGCUUUGCAGAUAAUGAGCAAUGGAAAAUACAAGAGCGUUGAGCAUAGAGUGGUUGCCAAUGGAAGUAAGACAAGGAUUUCGGUUCCCAUAUUUGUGAAUCCGAGGCCAUCGGACGUGAUAGGGCCUCUGCCUGAAGUGCUUGGGAGUAGUGGGGAGAAAGCAUUGUAUAAGCAGGUUCUGUAUUCUGACUAUGUCAAGCAUUUCUUCCGUAAGGCUCAUGAUGGAAAGAGUACAGUCGAUUUUGCCAAAUUCUGA